AUGCCUGAGGCAAGAAUUGAGAGAGUUCCCAUCCUUCGCAAUGGUGGUCGUGGCAGAGGCCGCGGCCGCCGCAACUCCAAUGGCGGCAACACCAGCGCCAACCGGAACAACAACCAGCGCGAAGAUGAUGGCUCCCCCAGCAGGAAACGAACUGCCUUUGAUCCAUCCGCGAUCAAUCCUCAGACAUACCAAUCCGAUGCAACACAAAAGGAAUCACGAGUGGCCCCACUGCAAGCCGCCCUGAAUUUCCUACAUGGCACCACUGCGACGCUCCAUGAGGCAUACCACCGUACCGUCAACAAAGUAGGAGAGGAAUUUAUCAAAGCCUUUGCGGCACACCAGCGCAACAAGGACACUCUCGACGGUAUGAUUGAUGGCAACAACCAAACCGGGGAAUUGACCCCGUCCCGGAUUCCGAAAUCAGUCGAUAUCAAAUUCGAACUGAAGGCUGGCAACCCAGCAAUGGAGAGCGAUGCGAGCUUCCAAGCUCUCCAACAAGAAUCCACACAAGCUGUUGAACUCUACAAACAAACCCAAGCAAAAAUUCUCAUUCGAAAGAAACAACUGGACGUCCAAUAUGCUCAAAAGGCCGUAGCCGAGUCCCUGGCUAGAGGCCUUCUGCCCAUUGCCAAUGGCCACAAGGUCAUCUGCGGCAGAGAGAAUCUCAAUGGCCAUGCAAUUGUCAACACCAUCCUGGAGGCACACCACGAGGUGCUGCUCAAACACACUGGCAUUGACCUAGCAACAUUUAGAACAAUAUACAUUAACGUCCAAGGUCUCGCAACCCUGCCUGAUCCAUUACCAGUAAUUGAUAUUCAGCAACAGCCUCAGCCACCUGUGGCACCUGCUCAGCCAACAACACAUGCGCCUGUCCAGCCAGCAGAACCCCCGGCUCCCCACCUGCAGGGGCCCUAUUCCAUCGACCAACUGACUGCUGUCUCCAGCCACAGCGACCUCGAGGCCACCCAGGAGCACAUCCAGCGAUGCCUAGCACGAGGCGCUAGUGCCGAGUCCUUCGAGGACUACAAUGAAGCCAAAGAGAGAGCACAGUCUCAGCUGGAACAAGACCAUGACGCAGCAAUUACCUACAAACUAGCAAUGGAAACAUAUCAACAGGCACUGGCACAGUACCAAACCCAAUGGAAUCAACAUCAGCAGGAGCUCCAGCAAUACCAGCAGGCCCUCCAGCAACACCAGCAGGCACUGCAGCAGUUCCAGCAGCAGAUACAACAAUAUCAGCAACAAGCCCAGCAGCCCUCCAUCCCAGAGUUGGCCAAGCUGGAGAGACUCAUCACCAGUGUCUUCUGCACACCCAUUGACCAGUACCAGCACCAAUCCUCAAACAAUGUCAAGUCCCUUGCUCUCAAGAAGCUACACAAAGAGGCCUUCACAACCAAGGCCACAGAGGACACUGCAAUGGAGAUUGACAGUGAACCUGCCUCUGACUCCCAACAGAUCAAGGAUCUGGUCAAGAAAAUGGUACAGGAGGAACUGAAACAGACCCAAAAGCAAAUUGCCAGAGCCACUGGCAAACAUGUCACCCAAGCGCUCAACCAACAGCGCAACAACAAUCAAAACAACAACAGCUCAAAAAACAACAGGAGGGGCCCAGCCCAGGGAGGCGCCUCCAGCAACAAAAAGAAAUCUCCCAACCAGCAGCAGUCCGCCAGAGGCGGCAGAACCCAACGAGGAAGGUCCCAAUCCGCCCCAAGAGGCAACCGCCCAAGAAGCCAAAGCAGAGGCCGCCAAGGCGGCCGCGGCGGCAGGGCAGGACGAGGAAGGGGAGGAAGAGCCGGAGGAAGAGGCAACGCUACCUCCAGAGGCUCCACAAGAUCGACCAGAGGCCGCUCCAGAAGCUCCUCUCCCAGCAGGAGGCAGAACUCCAACACCAGGAGAAGCAGGUCCUCCAGGCGAUCGACAAGGAGAUAG